UCAGCCACUUCCAAACACAGCAAGGCCAUGGCAGUCCCCCGAUCCAUGUUGCUACAACUGGGGCUGUCUCUGUGCUGUGCACUGUACUUUUCUUCUGCCAGCCCUACACAUUACAAAGACAACUGCAUGGUCUUUGACACAUUCGUCACCACCAACAACUCCAACAUCACAGUCACCCCAGACGUCUUUGAGAACAACACAAACUACACAGUAUGGGUUCCUGUGAACGACAAUGACAGCGCUGUGGUCCUGCAGGCCUUUGACAAGAACAGCCACUCAGUGGGCUUCUGGCAAGACGCAGAUGAGGACUGCAACCGCAGCGCCCUGUAUCACGUGACCAGCUUCAAGCACCCACUCCUCAAGGCAAACUGGAUAGUCUCUGGUUCUGAAGACUUAACUGAAGUUGAGCUGCAAGUCUUCACUGUCAAUCUCAACCGGACGGCUACACUUUCUUCUCUGAAACUAGGAGGAAAAGUGACAGCCACACCCUGGACCUCCAACCACAUGAACAGCCUGACCACAAUCCCAACCAUAACCAAGACCAUAGCCAAGACCACAACCAAUACCACCAUCAAGACCACCACCAUGACUACAAACGUGACUACAACCAUGACUACAUCCAGGACCACAUCCAGGACCACAACCCUAGCCACAACGAAAAGCUUGGCCGUCAGAGCACUCAGCAGUCCCAUUGCAGGUGCCAUCCACAUCCUGCUUGUUUUUCUCACCAGCAAACUCCUCUUCUAAAGCAAACAGUGAUUGCUCCACCUGCAGCGCAUCCCUCCAUGCUCAGCUCCCAUGCCUGCCACGGCUGGACUGUGUGAGUGAAGGCUCCGCAUUCUCCAGUGUGCACCCCACUGCCUCUGCCUCAGACCACAGACCUAGGGCACUCACUGGUGUAUCUGGGUCACACAGAUGUUCAACUGGGUCUUUCAGGACACAAAUUAUGCUUUCUGUAAAUACUUAGACCUCCUCUGACUAUCACCUGGAGUUCUGCCUCUCAGUUUAACACGUUGACAGCCAACCUGAGCUUUUGUUCAUUACCAAAGGAUUCCUUUGCCCUCCCCCCCACCCCCACCCCAGUUUCUUGGGGAAGAACCCUUUCUUCUUUUUAAGACAAUCUCAGAUUUCUGAUCAAACCUGCUCAGGUAACUCAUGGAUGAAAGGGAAAGGAGAAAUAGUCCUGAAGCUACUGGCAGCUUCCAUUCUUAUUCACACCAGUAGCUUAUGAAGGGCAAGAGAAUAAGAAGAUACAAUGUCUGAACAGGAAAAAAAUGACAGGAAAAAUUAUGUCAAAAAGGCAUUUUUUUUCCUAAGUUACACCGAGUAAAUGAUACUCCAAAUAAACGUGAUGAAUGUGUUAAAUUCAAAGAUAAGUCUUUAAUGAAUGAUUAAUAUAAAAAAAAACCAGAAAAUUCUAGUUUUAUUCAUUUAUGUAUUAAAAAAUUUA